AUGAAAGACGAGUUAAGUGAAGAUAUAUACAAGAUUGGAGACGAUGAUAAUGAUGAUAUUGUUGGAGAAAUAGAUGUAAUACUUUCUCGAAAUCCUAGCAAUAGCGAAUUGUAUCGUAUUCAAUACCCAAUACGCAAAGUAAAUCCAUUUGGGUGCGGUAUUGUCAAAGCACGUUACAAAAGGAAUGUUAAAAUGAUAGAAAUGAGAUUGCCAGUGGAUAAGUUGUCGAGCUCUUUCGAUAAAGGUCGUGCGGAACAUCUUGCAUUGAUUUCAGGAACAAGUUCAGGACCAUCUGCGACUAACAAUUUUCGAUUAAUGGAUGAAGAAGUAUAUGUUGGACGUAGUUUUGGAAAUGAUGCACCAGUUCAUUAUGCUGUUGGCUUUUUUAAAAAUCAAUGUUUGUAUGUAUGUCCUUUAACUGGUAGUUUUGAUAUGAAACGUUCGAUAGCCUAUCUGAAUGGUCAAGGAAAAAACAGCAUAGUUAGAACUUCUGAAGAUGACAUGUCUGAUUCGGGAGAGGAGGGAAGUUCUAAAAAUCCAUCACCAAUUCGCGUCCGGUUCAAACGACCCGAAACAGAACGACAGAAGAAGCGUCGAGAACAAUCGUCAGCUCAUCGAAGUCGUCUUAUUGAGCAAGAUCCCUGGACUCCACUAAAUAUUAAUUGCAUGGCGGAUACAGAAUCAAUAAAAUAUAGCGAAUCCUUACUUUCAAUCCCGGUUACAAUGCCUGAUUCAUGCAGAGUUCCUGAUCCUAUGCAGCUUGUUCAAGAAGCUAUUAUUGGUGAGAAAAUGAACGCACUUGAUUUGAAUGACUGCAAUCAGCUAAUAUCACUUCGACGUAUACGACAUUUGCCUGAGGUCCAGCAAGUUCGAGCCCUGAUGAUAAAAGUGCGGUGUAUAUCGACGAACGAAGCACUAGAGUAUGUUUCGAAAUGUAUUCCUCGACACUUGCUGAUAUCGCGUGUCCGUGACUGUGCACACUUGGUGUGCAAUGUUUGGGUACUGAAAAGUGAAUUGCUUUAUCCUGACGAAACAUCAGUGCUUAAGCAUGCCCGUGAUCUUGUCCUGUGUCUAUUUAGUUCUGAUCUACCUGUUAGAAGGUUGGAUUUACAAAUGGCAUUCGGCUUAAGAACUUCUGAUCUUGAUGGUAUCCUAAAAACAUUAAAUCGAGUAAUGGUGGAUGAACAUGAACGAAGCUGGAAACUGAAGCAUGAUGAUAUAGAAGAAUUUGGAAAAACCAAGGACGACUUAAAAGUGUUUAUUGAAGAAAAACGCUACUGGCACAGACGUUGGGAAGAAAUACAUCGUUAUUUAAUGGCUAGGAAAGAAAAAGCAGGAAAUAUUAUACGGCGGAAGAAACGAGUUAAUAGCAGACAGAAUGGUUCAAGUGAUAAAACCUUAAAGAAGCGAAAUAAUGUGAAAACAAUUGUGAUCGAUUGA